AUAUAUACCAGAUCUAUAUAUGAACAAUAAAUAUAAUUAACAUACAUCAUAUAACAUACUAUCUAUCUCAAGUACGUACAUAUUAAAAGCGCAGGAACAAAAUGACUUUAAGUAUUGGCCGUGUAUUUUUUUAUGAGGCAUCCACUUAACGAUUUCGAGUGACUUGAAAAUUUUGACCAGACAAAUCCUCAAUCUUGCAAAUGAAAUAAACAAAAACCCAAAAAUAAAAUAGACCAACAUAGCUGGAAUACAAUAAAAGAUGCAUAGUAACAGGAGAAGAUCACCGCAGCGAGCCCCAAAAGCACACACCUAUCCCCUCAAAGGAGCCGCGGCAAAAAAGUCAAAGCCAUCCAAGCCCACCCCUCGCGCCUCCAAAUCAACAGCAGAGGACACAACAACAGAGGACCCUACCCCAGUCCCGACAGAGGAACUCCAAACCCAACAACAGCUCCUCGACAUCUUCAGCGCCGCAUUCGCCCCAGCCCUCAGCGCCCCCGACUUCGCCGCCGUCCUGCAGAAACUCAAGCAAGCCCUCUUCAACCGGGACUUCGCCGCCGCCUUCGGCAGCGAGCAGAACCUGCAAGUAUACGCCGCGCGAUGGAGCCCGCCGCGCGCGCUGUGCUACGGCGGGGUGUUGCGGCAGAUAGCCGCUGAGCUGGAGCCGCUGUUGCUUACUACCGACGACGGGGAGGGCGAGGGCGAGGUAGACGAGGUUGAGUCCGGACGGGUUUCGCCGACGCUCGACCUGCGGGAUGCGAAGCGCACCGCUACGCUGCGGAUGCUUGCGAUCGGCGGCGGCGCCGCGGAAAUCGUCGCUUUGGGCGAGUAUCUCCGGACCGCGGGGGUCGCGGUCUCCGGCGACCUCACGUUGCUGGACACCGGCCCCUGGGGCGAAGUAGUCCAGAAGCUACACGCCGGCCUGACGACUCCGGCGCCGGGAUCUAAGGACGCGAGCGCUACGGCCAAGGGAACUAACGCGGCCCUCGUCGAGCCGACAGAGCGUCUGCGGUCGACUUUCGUGCAGCAGGAUGUGCUCCAGCUCGACGGCCCCGGGCUCUCGAGUCUACUGGGCCAGACGCCGCUGCUCGUCACGUUGCUGUUUACGCUCAACGAGCUGUACACGUCCGGCGGGAUCAAGAUGACGACGGCGUUCCUGCGGAACCUAAGCGUCACUAUUCCGGCCGGUUCGCUGCUGCUUGUCGUCGACAGCCCAGGAAGCUACUCAGAAGCGGCGGUGGGCAAGGAAGCGAAGAAAUACCCCAUGCAUUGGCUUUUAGAUCACACUCUCCUCCAAGCCGGCAAGCUGCCAGCCGAAGGGUGUCGGUGGGAGAAGAUACAAUCACACGAUUCGAUCUGGUUCCGCCUCAGCGAGAAACUGCGGUAUCCUAUGGAUUUGCAAGAUAUGCGCUACCAGAUGCACCUGUACCGGGCCAUCUCCCGGUCUUCUGACUGAGGAAGCCCACGUCUACGUGCAGCACUCUAAAUACAUGCUCCCAACCACUGGUUUACCACCACUAGCCAAGGAAUGUCUACUAGUAUAUCAUGCCCAAACCAGCUUCUUUAUGCUGUGACCUAACUGUUCUAGAAUGCCCGUGCUCCGCUUCGCCUCGGCGAGCGAGAUGAUAUCGCCUUUCUCGACGAUGCUCUUUCGUUCCCCCGAGCUGGCUGGAGCCGGUUGGUUGUAGAAUACCAGCCGCUCGAUCUCCGUCGCGAUGACGUUGAUCUGCUCGCUCUCUGUCAUCUUCUUCACGUCCUUCGUGUCCGACACGGCCGUUGUGGAAUGCAGUGCUUUUAGAGCGAUCUUUCGCGGCACCUGUGCCUGUGGCUUACCUGUGAUGGCGUUGAAGAUGCCCUGGUUUAGAAUGCCGGACACGGCGGCCGGCACCGCAGCCGUAUCCAAUGAUUCAUCAGAUUGCCCUGACAUGCUGGAAAGCGACCGUGUAUUGGUCCUCUUGAUAUCA